ACAUUUUCCGGGAAGAGACGUGUUAAAGGAGGAUAUAUCCAAAACUAACCACUCACAAAACCCUAGUUAACCUUAACAACCCAAUCACUCACCCUUAUUCACUUCCUUAAGCAACACACAUACUCACCGAUCCAGAGUCAAACGACACACGGCGGAGCUGACGGCGGCGUCGUCCUCUCCGAAGAAUUGACCUUCUCCCACACAAGUCCAAUUCGCCAUGUGUCCUCCAGCACCCAUUCCUUCUGCUGCAAUUGAACUCGAUAUAUACUCAACAGAUGAAACCAUAUGUAAGUUAUUGAUGCAACUACAAAGUGGACACACUCCGCCGCAAAAUGUACUUUCUGAUGUAGAUCCUUACCAAUACCCCCCCUCAAAUCUCCCUGCUGACAUGUGGUACUUCUCGUCUGGGUCAAAAAUAGAUACUAAAUUCGGGUUCUGGAGGUCCACAGGGGAGGCUUGUAAGGUAUACUCAACUACUUUGAUUGUCGGUUUGAGAAAAACUCUUCAAUUCUACGAAGGCCCGGUCCAUGAUUUACAAAAGACGAAUUGGAUGAUGCAAGAGUACACGACAACUGAACUUUACACUAGUAAACUGGAUCCUAGAGCGUUAUGCAGGGUGUUUUUGGUAGAUGACAGUAGUAGUGGAGGUUUUAAAAAUGAACAUUUUGUAAAGAAUAUUGAUGAUGUGGCAGUGGCAGUGGCAGGACCGUCUGAUGUGGCGAAUCAAUGUUUAGAUCAGGUUCUUGAUGAUUAUGUUUCAGAGGGUGAUUACUUGGAGUUGGAUGAUCUGGCAACCCCUCUAUCACGUACUACCAGUUCUGCUGAUUCAAGCUGUAUGACGAUGAGUUCGGAAGAGUUAUUUGAUUCAGAUGCCCUAUUGCGUGAACUCGGUGAUGACGUUGUUGAUCAAGAGAUUCAAGAUUCAAGAAUCAAGUUGAAUCUUUCUGCACCUGCAGAGUUAACGCAAGUGGUUAUGCAACCAACCACUUUAGGAUCUGUUGACCAAGUCAACGAGUCCGAACCUUGUAAAGGACAAACUUCCAAAACAAAUUCCACCACUGAAGACAAGGGCACGCCAAACGAGGCUGACACGGCACCACCACCACUAUCAUCACCACCACCACCAUCGUCACCACCACCAUUGUCACCAACUCCAUUAUCACAACUACCAUCGUCGUCAACAGCACCGCCACCACCACCACCACCACCAUCACAACCACCACUGCCACCAUCAUCAUCUAACAAUCGAACCAAAAGGCGCAAGAUGAUUAAGUAUCUAUGUUUCUUGGCAUUCUAAAUGAACAAGUAAGUUGAUGAUUUUGUUUGCUUGCUAAUCAUAAUCAGUUGGAGGCCUAGAUAAGUUAUAGAUUUUAGAAGUUGUGUAUAAAGGCAGCUUCUUCUGAGAUGGACUGUAAGUUGUGUGUAGAGAGAGUUGGAUAUUGUAAUGUGUAAAUAUAGAUUAUAGACCAAAACAAUUGAAGACUGAUGGUCUAUUUAGAGGGUUAUUAUCAUCAUCGUUAUAUAUAUGUACAUAUAAUAUUAAAUUGAUGUGAUGUAGACCUUCAUAAUAUGUGUGCUACAUUGGAUAGAACUGGGGGUUUUGUUUUGAUUCA